AUGUCCACCAAAACACCAAACCCGCCCGCCCCCCCGCCCCCAAACGGCACCACCACCAAUGGCACCUCUAAACCCACAACCAACAUCACCACCUCCACCGCCAAACCCACCAAUGGCACCACCACAAACACCUCCACCACCAAUCGGGCCCCCGACAGCAAUCCAGACUACUACACGCCCCCCGACGCCUCUUCCCUCUACACGGGCGCCGGCGGCUCAGGUAUGUACAACCCCGCCUUCGCCCCCCCACCACCGCUCGCAUACUCAUCGCAGCACCACCCGACAACCACAACGACAAUCCCAAUGCCGCCGCCCUCGCCGUCGCCCUCGACGCCCGGCGGAAGCAGAUACAACCCCGUGCCCGUCCCGCAGAUCAACCCCUUCUUCCCCACGGCCGCGGGGGCGAAUUCGAACGUCGCCGUCGCCCAGGUGCCGGGCGUGAAGCCGCAGGGACAGGUCCAGCAGCCGUGGCAGAUGCAGAUGCACGCGUCGCACCCCUCCGCCGCCGCCGCCGGUCACAAUCACACCCUCCACCCACACACCACCGGCGGCGGCGAAGCCGCAUCCUACUUCACCGGCGCCUCCGGCACCCCGCACACGCACAACCACGACCCAUCGCUGCCCCCGCCGCUCCGCCAGAGCUUCAAGAAGCUGUGGGAGUCGCUGCGCGCCGAGGAGCGCCACGCGGUGGGCCAGUACGAGCUGUACAGCGAGAUCACGGGCGUGUGUGCCGCGUGCUUCACGCCCGGGACGAGCUACACGCAGGCGCCGCGGCCGCACCACUACGGGCAGCGGUGGAGCCGGCGGAGGGGCGCUUGGCGGGUGCGCAGGACGCGGAGGAAGGUGUGGCUGCCGGUGUUUCGCAGGGGUGAGCACGGGGCGGUGAGUGCGAUGAGUACUAGCAGUGAUAGUAGUAGCAGUACGAGCAGUAGUAGCAGUUCGAGUAGUAGCAGUAGUUCGAGUAGUAGUGAUUCGGGCAUGUCGGAGACGACGCGGCGCAGACGGACGCUGGCGCGCGCGAUUAGGAGGGAGAAGAAGGUGCUGCGGAGGCAGGAGCUGAAGGAGCAGCGCGAGCAGGCGGGGUAUGGGACGGUGGUGCAGAGGCGCCGGCUGCCGAGGCGCAGGAGCAGUCAGGACGAGGCGGGCGGGUCGAUCAUUGGCAGCUGGUUCGCCUCUCGAGAUUCAAAGAACACCGCCGCGGCGAGCAGCAGCAGCAAGGUGCAGAAUACCACAACAGCCAUCAGCACAAACAGCAAGCACUACCACACGGCAUCGCAGACCUCCAUCGCCUCCAGCAGCGCCUCUGCCAGCGGCGGCGGGCCAGCGCUGUUUGAAGUCUCCUCCUCCUCCUCCAGCGCAUCCGACGACGGCCUGGCCUACGGCCGCUACUCCUCCUCACCCUCCUCCCUCGGAUCCUCCUCCCGCCGGCGAACAGGCUGGUUCUUCCGCUCCCUCAACUCCUCCUCCGGUAAGAAGAAGAAGACAAAGUACGACUCCAAAGGCAAACGCAAGUCUAAAUACACCUCCUCCUCUUCAUCAUCAUCCUCAUCCUCUAGCUCAUCAUCAUCCGACGACGACGGCCUCGCAUACGGCGCCUCGCGCACCGCAUCACUAAGGAGCACCCGCUCCGUCGCGUCCUCGCUGCGCUCUGCGGGCUCCCGCGUCUUUGGCGUGCGCCGCCGGCGCUCAUGGGACGACAUGGGCACGCCCGUGACACCCACGAGGCGCACGGGCAGCGCCGUCAUCGGCGCGGGCGCGGGCGUGAGGCGCUCCAGCUCUGUCGGCUCGCGCAGCUGGUGGGGCGGCGGCAGCAAGACCAACACCACCACCACCACCACCACCGCGGCGUCCACACAGGGCGGCUGGUUCUCUGGCGGCGUGCGCAAGGCUGGGUGGUUUGGCGGGGCUGGGACUGUUGUUGCGAGACGAGAACGUAGUCGCAGUCGGUCGGUGAGCUCGGUGAGUAGUAGUGGCAGUGAGGUGUGGCAGGAGGGGAUCGAGGGCCACCGCAGGCGCGAGGAGGCGGCGCGGUAUGGCACCACGACGGCCGCAAUCGAUAUCACAAAGACCAGCAGCACCAGCGCCAUCUCGAGCACGCUGAUCGGUACGCAGAGCCACCACGCCGCCGCCAGCAGCACACAGAUGGAGAAGUCGCACUCGACGACGGAGCUCACGAGCAGCCGCGAGAAGGCGCGCAAGAGCAGCAUCUCCACCUCCACGACGGUCGCAGAUACGCAGAGCCAGGUAUUUACGACGCUGCCGAGCGGCGAGCGGCGGUCGACGAAGGAGGUGUGGGUUGACGGGCGGUCGGCGGGGGCGGCGAAAGGCGCGGUUGUUAUUGUUGCCGGUGGUAGUGAGUCCCGCCGCGGGAAACGGAUGGCAUCGGUGGACGGCGGCAGCAGCAGCUAUGAGAGUGCCCGUCACUCACAGUCUGCCUCGCACUCGCACUCGCACUCGCAGUCGGCAUCGCAGAUCAAGACGACUACUACUACUACUACUACAUCUAAGAGCGGCGGCGGGUUUUUCGGGGGCCUGUUUAGCGGCCGCAGCGAGACCAUCUCGGACCGGAGCAAGAAGGAGAAGAAGGAGGAGAAGGAGGAGAAGAGGGAGGAGAAGAAGGAGGCCAAGAGGGUUUCUAUCGUCAUCGAUGAGGGCGGGAAGGGGGGCAAGGUGUUUAUGGGGCGCGACGGCAAGAUCAGCCGCGGCGAGGAGUCGGAGUCGGAGUCGGGGCCGGUGAAGUUGACAAAGGUCUAUCCAAUGGCUACCAAUGAUCCCACAGUAUUCGAGCCCGCGCCGUCCUCCUCGACGUCCUCGACCACACACAUUGCGCGCCGCGAGGCCGUCACCGAGUCUUCCAGCUCUUUCGUGCGGGAGGAGUCGUCGUAUUCGGCUUCUCACCAGCAGCAGCAGCAAUCAUCAUCUCACUACCGCGAAUCGUCGGGGACGAAUGUGGUUGUUGGCGGAUUCACGAAUGUUGCUGGCAGUGGCAGUGAGCAAAAGAGGCCCUUACCAGUGCCUAUUCAGCAGACUGUCAAUGCCCCGUUGCAGAUAUUACCUGCUGCGACCACGACUACUGCUACUAAUGCUACUUUUGCUUCUACAGCUUCUGCAGCCCAUGCUCUGACUUCUUCUGCUCAUGCUGCUUCUACUUCUACUACUAAUGUUGCGACUGCUAUCACACCGUCUGUUACUGUCCCCAUCACGCCCACGACCACCACCAUGACCCCAAUAUCAACCACCAUAAUCAAUAAUCACAACACCACAAUCCACCAUACUACCUCAAACAUUAAUGCUAAUACCAACAACACCUCCAUCUCAAACACCAACAUCACCGCCCUCCCCGUUCACUCCGUCUCCACCGGCGUUGUCGAACUCUCCCACUCCCACGCCAACACCGCCGGCUACAGCGCCACCCUCGUACAAGACGUCGCCGCCGCCACCGCCGCCCAAGUCGCCGCCGUCUACGCCCAGGAGCGCGCCGACCGCGAGGAGCGCGAGCGCCACGACAUCAUGAGCCGCGAGCGCCACUACAACAGCGAGCGCGAGCGGUCCGAGCAGAUUCAGCGGGAGCUCGCGGAGCUGCGGGAGCGCGAGGAGCGCGCGGCGCUGGCGCACAAGGAGAAGAGUGAGCGUGAGGAGAAGGAGCGCCACGUGCUGCGCCUGGCGAUCGAGAAGAAGGAGCGUGAGGAGGCGGAGCUGAAGCUGAAGCGGGAGCGUGAGGAGCGUGCGGUGGUCGAGAUGAAGAAGAAGCUGGAGUGGGAGGCGCGCGAGAAGGCGGAGGAUGAUGCGGCGAGGCUGUCGAGGCAGAAGCAGGAUGAGGAGAAGUUGUCGGCGAUUAAAGGUGAGGCGGAGAAGUUGUAUAGGGAGUGGUGCCGACAGCAGACCUUGCAGCGCCUGCAGCGCGAGAAGGAGAAUGACGAGCUCUUUCAGAGGACUAAGAAGCAGCUUGAGGAGCAAGCAAGAGAGCUUGAGAAGCAGGCUGCGGCACAGACGGCGGUUGAGGAGGUCCAGGCGGUCGAGGUUGAGAAGAGGUUUAGGCUUGAGAAGGAGCUCCAGAUGUCCAAGGAUGAGGAGAAGAAGAGCGAGUUGCGCCGCGUUGCGGUCAGCAAGCAGCUCGAGGAGAGGGCGGUCGAGAUCCAGAGACUCCAGGAGCAGAAGGAAGCCUACAUUGCCGAGCAGAAGGAAGUACUGGCUACUCAGCAGCGGGAAAGCUUCAUUUCAGGCACCGAAUUCCAAAAGAAGAAGGAUGCAUAUGUUAACACAACAAUCCAGGGCAAAUCAUCGCUCGAGGCUCAACGCAUGGAGUUCUUGAAGGAGCAGGAUCGUCAGGCUCAGGCGGCUAGGGUUCUGGAGGAGACUCGCAGAAUCAAGUUUGAGUCCGAGAUGCACAGCAACAGGCAUGAGCAGCAAACCAUCGAGAUCCAGCGUACCGAGAUUGUCCAGGAGCGCCGAAAGACGGUUGAGAGACUGUCAAUGCUUGAGCAGACCGUUGUUGAAGCCCAUAGGUCGAGGGAUGAGUCUAAAGUUCGUGAAGUGCAGCAGCAGAUCCAGAUCGAGAAGGAGAAAGAGACCAGGCUUAGGAUCGAAGAAGAAAGGAAGGCCACGGCAAUCAGCGAACUUAGGAAGCAGGAGGACUUACGGGUACAGCGUCUGGAGCUUGAGAUUGCCGAUGAGAAGAGGAGGGAUCAAGCCGCACUGAUUGAAGGACAGAAAAUCGUAGCCGCUGAAACUGAAGCGAAAAGACUGCAGCACGACCAGAAGGUCCAACAGCUCGAUUCACUAAUCCGCGCCGAGAAAGAGAAGGAGAGUCAGCUCAAGAGGGUGGAAGGCCAAAUGGUCCAGGAACAAAUGCAACAAACGAGAUUCAAGGAGGAAAAGACCAGGGAGUACACUGCUCAGGUUCAGGUCGAGGAGAGCAAGUCUAUGCAAGUACAGAUCGAGAAGCAAAAGACCUCGCAGGUCGAAACCGAAUUCAGGCGCAAACAGGAAGAAACCCAGGAUAUUGCAAGAAGGGUUGCAUCAGAGGCAGCGAGAAUUGAAAUGCGAAAAGCGGACCAGGAGAGGAGCCAAAUGGAGUCGAGAAGGGAGACAAAGACGCGGGUAGAGACGGAGCAGACUAUUGAAGCGACCGAAGAGAAAAUGCGACAGGUAGUCCGAGAGUCCGUGUCUGGCAUGGAAGCCCACGAAGAAGAAGAUGACAAGAAUUUGACAGAAGAGGAGAAGUACAUCAGGGACGAGGUCCGGAGGCGUUGGGAGAACGAAAAGAAGGAGCAGAGGCGUAUCGAGCUCCAGAAACAGCUCGAGGACCUUCAACGACAGCUGGCCGAGAAGGAGGCCGAGAAGGCAGAACAAAAGCGGGUGGAGAGGGAAAAGAGGCGUGCCCGCAGUCGGGAGAAGAGGGCUCAGCCUGGGUACCAAGAACGAGAGGUCAAACGAAGCAGAGAAAGAUCCAAGAAGCGCGACAAGCAAGCAGAAGUAGCUCGUCAUGAGGAAGUUAAGUUUGUCCGUGAGCAUGCAGGGCUAGAUAAGACUGAGGAGAAGGAGAAGAAGAAAAAGCGCCCCUACAGCACAUACGAUCCCCUACCAGAAGGAGACAUCCCCGGGUUUACUGAAGGAAAAUGGACGGUUCCCUAUGGAGUUCCCCAGCUCAUCGAAACGCCGCCUACACCACCUCCGGGCACACCAAGAUUUCCACAACGAAUCCACUGUUAUGGGAGUUACUUUCCCCCACAGACUGAUUCGAGCAUUCCGGUUAUCCCACCGCCCCCGUUUUAUUUCCCACAGCCGGUAGUGGCCGCUGAGACUUCCGAGGAUUUCGAGAAGAGGAGCCAGAGAACCUCAUCCGAGUCUGCUUCUAGAUCACAAUUGGUCGCCGAGACAUCUGCCGAAUUCGAGAAGAGGAGCCAACAAGCUUCCUCCGGCUCUAUCGCAAAAUCUGUGACUAUUGCCGAGACAUCUGCCGAAUUCGAGAAGAGGAGCCAGCAAGCCAUAUCUGAGACUGCAUCAAAGACGGAGAUCUCACGAUCAUCGACCUCUUCUGAAAUCAAAACAGCUGCGGAGACUGCGAGACGGGUUGAACGCUCCAUUACAUCUUCGGAGUUCGAGAAAAUGACUGAUAAGAGUUCUAUUGUGGACGUAGCAAGAGUUGAGCCGGUCAGGGCUGUAACUACCUCCGAAAUUGAACACCCUUCAGGAACUGCUGAUAUUGGCUCUUCAAUCACAAAAGAUCAAUCGGUGACUUCUACCGAGGCGGCAAAAACCUCUUCAGGAUAUGGAUGGGGUAGUCUUGGUAGCUUUGGAUCUGGGCUUGUGAAGGCAGCGGCCUCAGUUAUUAGCGAGACGCCGUCUCUUGUCACAGGAACUCCUUUUGCUGGAACGCCCGCCGCCCCAGUACCGACAGUGCCUAAUCUUGGUUCUGCGGUCAUUGGCUAUGAACAAAAGAGUGAUUCUCAGCAAUAUGAGCAGACGGACUCCCAACAGCAGCAAGAACUACGUAAGGAUAGUCAAACCCAAGAGCUAGUUUAUCAAGGAUGCCAACUUCCACCCAACUUCUCCAUGGAGCUUAUUACAAAGCCGCAGAAUGAAGUCUACCAAGGUCCCCAGGUUCCCCCUAACUUCUCCUUCGGAACGCCUGACAGAACUGCCGAUAUGCUUUAUGGUCCCGAGCUCCCGCCGUACUUGACCACUGAGUCUUCUAGCGCCGUGCUCCAAAGAACAGAGUCAGAAAGUCUAUCUUCUCAAUUAAGCUACCAACAAACCUCUUCAGAUCACAGUGUCCAACAGACUACUAAGCCCAAGUUCUCCGAAGUGGAGUAUGGUCCGAAAUUGCCUCCAAAUCUCACCACGGAAAACCAGUCAUCCCAGAGCUCAAAAGCUCAGUCAAUCUACGAACAAAUGUCUUCUGACUACAUUCGCUCCAAGGAGUCUUCAGAUAUCGAAUACGGCCCUGCCUUACCUCCAGCUUGGUCCCAGGGGGCACAGGACUCAUCCGAAUUUCGAUCUGGAGCCAGUUACCAGCGCUCGGAAUCGGAUCACAGUCGUCAGGAAUCCUCACAAGUCACCUCAAGGGCCCAAACAUCCCAAGAGAAUGUUCAUGAUUCAACCGGGGAAUUCCGCUUCCCUGGUGCAUUCGACGACGAGGAGGUCGCCCCUGAUGUAGUAUUGCCACAGAUUCCACGCAGUGAGAAAACUUCGUCUAACCCUAUCUAUCGCCAUACUCUGGCAGACGAGGGUCGUUCUGUUUCCGAGUCUAUUAUCCAAAGUCACUCAGAAUCUGCAUCUCGUGAAGAAUCAUCAUCUUUCUCUCGAGAGGUGGAAUCAGAUAGGAGGCAAAUAACGCAAGAUAGCCAAACCCUGCCCGCGUCUACCAACCGCCCCGCUAUUUUAGGGGAAAAUCGUUCUGUUUCUGAAUACUCCACGGGUGUUUACUCCUCGCAAUCGGCGUCUAAAUCCACAUCUAGCAUUACACAGGAUUCAAGAGUUGAGCAUGUGUCACACGAGAAUAAUUCAUCUACUGUGACUCCUCAUCGCCCUGCCCUUGCUAGUGAGAGUCGGUCCUUGUCCGAGCCACCAAAAAAUAUUCACUCUAGCGGAUCUACAUCCAGAAUAGCAUCAAGUUUGUCAAAAGAGGUUGACUUGAAAGAAAGUUCACGAGAGGAUCAAAUUUCAUCAGCACACGUUAAUCGUCCCACACUCGAGAGUGCUCAACGCACUCACUCCGAGUCUGCUUCCACUCUCUACUCUGUGGACUCCAAUACUACAUCAACCUCCACGAUUUCAAGGGAUCAAUUCCAAACACCCCCAACCGGCUACACAAACGAAAGUACUCCCGUCCAAGGUGCACCAAUCUCCAGGCAGCAACCAUCCCCGCCCAAUAUCUUUGCAUUUGAGGAUAACGAGGCGUCAACCACUCCAACAGCAGCAAUUGGAACGGGAAGAAUCGUUUCAGAUGACGCCUCCGCCGAAGCAGUUGGCUUCGAUCCUGGUUUGAUCCUUGGUAAUAUUCAGCCCCACAGGCUUAGCACUGUUAUCGAGGCUGGAGAAACAACACCCGUAACUACCACGGGCCGUAGACCAAGCAUUAUUGCCAGGCCUCGCAGUGCCUUUAUCGAGGAAAUUGAGGAUGAGGACAGCGCAAAGGCAAAGAGACAGCUUGGCCAGCAUGAAUUUUCCGCAGAGGCCUAUCUAUCUCAGGCAGAAAUCCUAGCUCGCGAGGAGGCUAGAUCUCGAUCCGAAGAGCAAUUGGCAAGCGGUUCGCAUUCGGUGCAUCAAGAUGAGCCAUCGGUGCCGCCAACUGUACCAAAUCCCACAUAUUCAUCCACACCCGAAGGUUUAGGGCCGAGGCAAGAACCCGCUCCUCCGCCGCGACCAAUUGACGCGCCAGCCAACCCUCCGGAAAUCCCGCAUGCACAGUCAGCGCCGCCGCCGGAAGUUAUACAGGAGAGGAAAAACCGUGCCCACGCUGUUACAAGAAGCGGCCCUGCAGCUAGAUCUGCUUCUGUCUCCGGAAGUCUCAGUUCAACUCGUGAAGAGGAGGAGCCCAAGCGACCUUCAACAUCCAGAUCAUCCUCGCUCUCGGGGUUCUUCAGACGAAAGAAGGACAAGGAUAGUACCCCUAGCUUAGCUGACAGUGGUGUAGGUCUCGAUACGGACGAUGGCACAAGGAGGGGAAGAGUACCAAAGAGUGAUGAAGAAGAGGCACAAAUGAGAAGAGAAAGGCAGGAAAGGGAAAUGGUAGAAUCUGAAAGUAGCCGCGGUAGAAGGGAAAGGGUACCAUCAGACCAGCACGCAGCUGAAGAACCUCUAAAUCUUCCAAGGCGAUCUAUGGAAAGCGUGAUAACAACACAUGAGUCACAAUCACAUGAGAAUGAGCCACAUUAUGACAGACAUUCACGACGGUCAAUCGACAGUGCAUACCGAGGCCAAGAGGGCUUCAGACCUGCUGAGGGUGCAGAUAUCGAUGAAGAGGAAGGUGGUUCUAAGGCGGAGACGGAGUCUUUGCGCAGGGCGAAGUCUAAGGUCAGGAAGGUGGGGAAGAUAUUUGGAUGGGCAAAUAGGUCUAAACGUGAAAAGAGUUCGUCAAGGAGUCGGGAGCCAUCUCAAACGCGCGGAGAAUCGGUGGGGCCAAUGCACAAAAGAUCGGGCUCUGACGCCAGUGGACCAAAAGACAGGCCCGGUAAUCCAAGGCACAAUACCGAAGAAUCAGAGCAAUUUACUCCACCGCGAGGGUCGGGAGCAUCCUCUCUAAGAGACGUGGAUAUGGGCUAUGACAUAGUUGGAGGUGAAAGCUUUGCGCCCACACCUAACCGCGACGAACCAGAACCCCCGAUCAUCGAUGCAGCAAGCCUUACACAGCACAUUGAAGCCAACAUGGCUAAGGCUACACAACAUGCUGAGACUAAAUCUCUUCACCACGAGGCAUCUCCUGUAGAACCCGCAGAAAUACCUGAGCGGCCAAAGUCAGAACGUAAAUUGAGUGAUAUGAAGAGUUUAUCUGGAGUAUUUAGGGCCGCUCGCCAAUUCAAGAGAUCAACCACAACAUCUCGUAUUCCCACGCAGGGAGAGAGACCAGCAGAAUUGACUAGAGCUGAUACUGAUAGCAAAAGUUACCGCCCAUCAUCAUCCUCUGGGGGAGAUAGUAUGCACCAGAGCGGUUUUACUCACAGCUCACAAGGGAGUGGAGAGGGCCAGAGGGUAGCGGGGGAUGCUCCUUCAAGUUCAGCGGCUGAGGACUCACGUGCUCCUUUGACAAGCGCAAGAUCUGGGUCAUUGAGAAGAAAGUCGACAAAGUCGUUGAGAAGUCUAUCUGAAUCACAAGCAGGGAGCGUAGGGCAGAACCAGGCCGCCGAAACAACGGACGAUGGGAGAGAGUCAGAUUCCAACAUUCGUCUUCCAAGGAAGAGCGCCAGUAUAGAGAGAAAGGUGAAAGAAACUGCCAAUUCCCAUGCCCAUAAUCACGACGGGGAACCGGUAGCUAAGUCUUACAACUAUGUCGAAAAGUCUACUUCUGCUGAGAUGCUAACUCGUUCCGAGGGAGUUGAUCUAAGUAGCGACUUUAGGGGACAGCAUGAAAAUACGCAAUCGUUCUCCGAACCCCCUGAUAUCUUCGACGAUCGAGACUCCCCGCCAUCUAAUGAAACCUUACCGAUAGAAUCAUCACCUAAUUCCCCUCUGUACAGCCCAAUUCAACAAUCACGCAUUUCUGAUAAUAUUUCAUUUUCUUCUCGUACUCCAUCUCCUAUUUUAAAGUCUGCCGUGGUUGAUAUUUAUGAAGAACACCCGGCUUUACCUCAGAGCAGUCCAUCGUCUCCUGACAAUUUUUCUCCCAUAAAUCAAAACAUACAUUCAGAACAACUCCUAGCACACGAUGAGGAGAUCCCUGCCCUUCCAUUUAGCGGGCUUUCUUCAUAUGUUCAAACCCCGGCUGCCGGAAAUUUUCAACCCCAGUUUGAGAGCCAGACACAAUCCCCUUUCAUGAAUUUUUUUCAGUCAGCAUUUCAUAAUUUCUCAGAAAACGCCACAAGUAGUCCUUCAUGGGCACAGCUUCCUAAUGUCUUCUCAGAGGAGCGUUCUAUCUCCCCCAAAGAUAUCUCAAUUCCAAUCACCGAGACCCAACAAUUUCCUCCAACAACUUUGGGUGAUUCAUCAGAAAACAAUAUUCCAGAAACCUUUGAAGAACACCCCGCCCUACCGCAAACCGAAGAAUCGAUACCCCUAAUCCAAAACCCCGAACCACCAACCGUACCUAAUUUCAUCCCCGAGCCCUAUCCGGCACCGGUUGAAGCCAAUUCUCUCACAUCUGAAGAUCAAGGUGAUCGCAGCAUUGAAGUCCCACCGAUUAGUUCAAUCUUCUCGGGUGAGCCAAAGCCCCUCCACCACGAUCAUCUUGAAGAUACAAUACUUGCCGUGGAUGAUCAUUCCCCAUUGCCAAUUGAAACAGUCACCGAGUAUAGCGAAGAUGGUAAUCCAAUCAAAAGUAGCCCUCCAUCUCCAAAUCUUUCAUCAGAGGCCUCGGGAAACCGUCAACUUCCGGCCUCCGGACUUCAUGAAUCUCCUGAUCUUGAACAAGUAUUGAGCGGUGAGACAACCCAAACUGAGGAAGAACAGCGGCCAGUAGACCCUAUAUUCGAUAUGCUUGAGACCCUCCCGGCUCUUCCCGACUCACCUAUUGAGGAGUUCGGACAGUCAACCAAAGACCUACUCUCAUCAUAUGAAUAUGAUAUAGGAAAUGAUCUAUCUGCGCCUACUCCUAGCAAACCAGAGACUCGAUACAAUGUCCAGGAACAGCCGGAAGUAAACAGUAACCAAUCUUCUCCGCAUCUUCCAGACCUGGCUCCCGAAGACAGUCACUAUUUGUCAGAAAAUGGGCCACACAUGCAAAUAUCUCAGGUUGGAAACAAUGUUGCUCAAUCACAAUUACCGCCGCUACAGACAGAAUUCCAAUUCCCCGAUGUAAAUGACUUACCACAGUUGCCGCCCAGCAGCUCCUCAUCAGCUUCCCUUGACUGGGUUUCAGCUGGAUCGCCAUCUGAAAAUGACCCGGUCUCCGUAGGUCUUGGGGAAACUUUCACCGCACACUUCCUAAGUCAAGACGUAUCUCCAGUAUCUCCAAUUGCGGUGUCCGCCGUGGCCUCCGUGGCCGGUCUCGAUACCAGUUCUCCUAGCCAACCCGGCUCUCCAAGCCACUCAGAAAUUGAAAGAAAUGAACCAACUAUUGAAAAUAUUCCAUCAACUUCGAGACCUUCUUCGCAACUACCUGACAUUUCCAAUGAUUUACAGUCCACAGAGUUUGUAUCCACCAAUACAGCCGAUCUUUCCGAGCUGCCAACAUCAACAUAUUCAACCUUUGAAGAAUCCAUUAGAUCGGUGGAUAGUGCCUCACCCUCAAUCGUGGCUGAAGAUGAGCUAUACACAAGAAAGCCUGCAUCCCCGAUGUUAGCUACUGUUCCAGACAGCAACGAGCAGAUGUAUGAACCUGAGCAUGGUACAUUAUACGAUCUUCCAAAUGAGCUCUAUGAAAUUCCGGAUAUACCAGACAGGGAGUACACAUCAUUAUCCCCUAUCUUCGAGGAGUCUUCGGUAUCAGCGAUCAGUAGGGCAGCCUCCGCCACGGCAGGUGAUGACUCUCGAUCUCUCGCAUCUAUGUCUUUCAGCCGUUCAGCAUCACCAGAGGUUUCGCGAGCAGCUCCCAUUGACCGCUCACAAUCACAAUAUGAAGAUUCUUUCGAAUCUAGAGACUACGAGGAUACUACUUCAACAGGGGCUCUAUUGCCAACAAUCAUAGAAAUGAGUCCGGAAGACCUCCGACAAGAACCACAAUCGCCUGCCCUGGGGCCAUUGCUUGAUAGCCACCAGUCCGAAGCCCAGCUACCACCCACGGAAUAUGAGGAGCAGCCCGAGGCUCCUAGUGCACAGCUUGCUGAGCAUACAGUUCAGAAUGAAUUGACCAUUACUGAACUUGAAUCCGAAAAUGGUCGUGAUUCCGAGGAAGAUUCCCUCAUGGUACGGGAGCCUGAUUUUGCGCCCACUGAAAACAACCUAAAGCCUGAGAGCCAAGAAAAUGGGCCGGUGAACGAAGAAACAACCUACCGCGAACUAGAAGUUCAGGCCGAUAAUAGAAAGCUCUCGGUGGAGGACAUAUUCCCGGAACCAGCCGAUAUUCCUCUCCCCGGAGACGGAGGAACCUGGGAUCACCUAACCGAAGUAUCUGUCGAACCCAUCGUGGAGGUGCAAGAAUCCAAUAUCGAGCAACCGAUUGAAGAACAAACCCUCGAAUACACACUGCCCUCCGAUAUCGAGCCUAAGCAUUCUAGUCACUAUUCAUCAUUCAUCGAGGCCCCACUCCAAACCCCGGAGCCUACUAGUGUCCUUGCAGAGCCAGAAAACGUGCCAUUGCCCGAGGAUUCCCCAAUCCUAAUGCCAGAAGAACCUGAGACGACCCUUAACUUUGAAGGGAUCGAGGAGUCUGCAACAGUUCAGAAGCCAGAGGAACCUAAGACGGCCCCUAAGUUUGAAGUAACCGAGGAUCCUGCAAUAGUCCAAAGGCCAGAAGUUAUUGAGGUAAUAGAGGCAAUAGAAACUCCUGAUCCUUCGCCAGAACCCAUACUGCCAGAAUACACCUUCGAAACUGAGAAUGAAUCCCGUCGCCAGUCAAUGGGUGCUUUCGACCUCUCUCCAGUCUUGGAAACCGAGGAGGAACCGGGUGUAGAGAGUCUGCUGAGCUUUGAGGGCUUCCCAAUCUCAGUAUCCGAACCCAGAAUGACUGAAACCUUAGGAGGUUCAAACUCAGAGUCAGAAGUCUUGUCAAAAGAGGAUAGUACUUUAACCUUAGAGCAGGAGCCCACAACGACCGAAACGCCCGAACAACGCCAGGAGAUGGUCGUAGGAAGUCCGUCAGAAGAAAAUGCAUUUUCAGAUUAUACCCUUAAAGUUGAAUCUGAGCAGGAAUAUAUGAGUAGAUCAGAUCUCGAUGCUAAACCGGCCUCGCCAGUUGUAGAAAGUAUCGAAGAAUACAUGGAGCCGGAGUUUUUCGAGCUACCCAAUGAAGAUUCAAUUCCUCUGUCGUCUUCAACAGCCGAGCCUACUACAACAGCCGAGGUCAUGGAGACAGAACCUGAGCACCGGAGCCACGGCAACCAGCCAGACUACGAGCUUCAGGAAGAGCCUGAAUUUGAAUCAAUAAUUCGCCGUUUCUCCGUUGAGGGCGCUCAAAUCUUGCCGCUUCCGAUGAACGAUGAUGAAAGCCCUGCCCCAGAAAUAAACGUGGCACCACCCGAAGAUACCGUGGAUAUCUUGCCCUCGGAAUUUGAAGAGAUUCAUGAGACCCAGGAUUCUACUGAAUCUAUCACUCAGGAUGUAUUCGAGCCAAUUGUUGCGCAACAAAUUGAAGAACAGUCUAUCCAUCAGCAAAGAUAUAAUACGCCUCCUCCAUUGGAGAUUCAAUCAAUUACACCAAGUGCACAGUUUGAGUUUAGCAAGGGCCGCGAAAUUCCAGAACCGAGGGUAGAAAACGACACAGAAAUAGAUUAUCAGGAGGAGGGAGAGAAGGAAGGGGUGGAAGAGGUUGAGGAGAUGGAAGAGGUUAAGGAGGAAGAGGCCAAGGAGGUGGAAGAGGUUGAGGGCCUAGAAGGGGCGGAAGAGGUGAAGGAGGCGGGAGAGGUUGGGGAAGUGGAAGAGUUUAAGGAUAUAGAGGAGGUGAAGGAGGUAAAGGAAGUAGAAGAGGUGGGGGAGGUGGAAGAAGCGAAAGGGGAAAAAGAGGAGGAAAAGGUGAGUGAGCUGGAUGAGGAGAAAAUUAAAAGUGAGGGCCAUGACGGAGAGAGGGAAAAAAAUGAUACAGAAACCAUGGAGGACCUCGUUCAGCCGGAGGCUGAACCUAUCACAUUCGAAGCCGGAAUCAACCUUACCAGAGAUAGCUUAGAAAAAGCAGACGCACAAGAACCCAACACUCUCUCGGCAGAGGUUGAGGAUGAUGAAAGUGAUGCCUGUGAAGGUGUCAAACUUGAAAUGCCAUCUGAAACCGAACAGGAAUUCCUGUCGAUUCAAAAGGAGGAGAAAAAUCACGAGGACCUAAUCACUGAUGAGUACACAAUCUCUGCCAUUGCACAAUCUACCCAACAAUCUCCUUAUUUUGAGCAGUUUCCGAUCACCGAACAAUAUCCCGUUGAGCAGUCUCCCGUGGUUGACCAACCCGCUUCCAUUGAAGAGCAGUCGCUCGAUAUGUUUGACUAUAUCUCCUCAGUCGUGGAAUCUACUGCGCCAAAAGAUAAUUUUCAAAUGGAGAAUACGAUUGACAGUGUAGAGUCUCCGAAAGAUGUAUCUGUCUUAGAGGAUAGGAAAGAACAAGAAGCCACCCCGGAAAUGCCAAUGGUCGCUCAGCAAGAAUCAAUCUUCGAGGAACCUUUAUUGGAAAAAGAGUGGCAAGAGGAAGGGGAAGAACCAGCAGAGAAGCAUGCCUAUAAAGAUGACGAGGGAAAUGUUCUAGCUGAACGCGAAUUUACUACAGAACAUCUGGUCCAGGAAAAACAGUCCGGUAGCCAAUUUGAACACCCUGCACACCCUGCAGAACCCGAGGUAACCGUGGAGGAGGCCGAGAAGAUAUUCGAAGAGACUUUUAGCUCUGAGCCAGAAACCGAUAACUAUGUCCAGCUUGAAGAGAGCCAGGUCACGCAGGAGGCCGAGAGGGUCGAGAUGCUCGCAAGAAAUGAAGAGGGCCCAGUUGAGGAUGAAAGAGCAGCAGAUCACCAAGAAAGGAAUCGGCCCCAACCAGUGUCUCCUGGCCUCGAGGGGUUCGUUGAUAUGUUUGAUUUUUCGUCGCGGAAAAGCACUUCCCCAGAUAAUACCACCGGGCAGUUGGAGAGGGAGGAACCCAAAGUAGAGCAGGAUGACAUGGUUGAACAUACAGAGUAUGAAGGGUUCAAGGACGUCUCUGAACACCCCGAAACCUCUGUGAACGUUCCAGUCUCACCUGGGAUUCGGCCAAUUAUCGAACCAGAAACAUCUUCGCCAUACCUCGAACCUUCUCUGCCUGAGCAUGCUGGAUCCUUGAGCAUUCUCCCUGAAACACAAGAACGUCCCCACGAUGAGGCAACUCGGGGAAGUAAAAAGGAUGAUCUGAGCAAACAGUCUUUGGAACAAUCAGAAUCAUUCGUGGAUUUUUCGGCAUUACCUCUAUUCCAGGAACCAGUGGAGCUCUACUCUCCCAAGGCCGGGGGGCUUGAAGCUACAGACACCGCUAUUAUCGAACCAAAUCUCGAUAUCCCAGAAGUUGCCGCCAAAUUAACAACACUACCACAAGAGAGCAAGAUUGAGGGAAAAGCCGAUACUCCAGAAAAGGUCCACACCCCUGUCGAGGAUGAGAGAGUUCCUAUCAAAGAGACUUUACCGUUCUCUACUCCCGAUUUUGGGGUCCAACAUAGUAAAAGCAUUGCAGGUAUUGGACAGUCAGAUAUCCACCUCGAGAGCGAGAACAUUGUGAAGCUGCCUUCGCUUGAGGCAGAAGUGUUUGCCAAGCCAUCUGAUUUUCAAGAACGAACCCACGGAUUGGUAGAAUCAGCACAAAUGGCCAAGUUUCAGCCGCGUGAGUUAAGCAGGCCUGCUUCUCCUGUCACAGACACCGAAAAUAUCCGCAAUGAUAAUGAAGAGAAGAGUCAACUUCAAGAAAGCUCGGUAUAUGGCUUAAACGAAGACAAACCAUCUCUCGAGACUUUCCAAAGACCUAUUAUUGCCUCGGCCUUGAUUCCUGAAACAGAUAUUCAACGGUUUGAACCUCUAUCACCCAGCGAAAAGAAAACUCGGGAGAACAAAUUUUUCGAGGAAGAUGCCGAAGAGUAUAUAUCAUUAAAAAAUGAACAAAACAAGGAGAACGAACCCCAAGUGCCGUCACCAACUCCAAAGGGUCUUGGGUCAUACCAAAUUCCUGAGGGGCUGGUAGAGUAUAUCCCUCCCCCUGUGGCUGCAAAACUAGAAUCCCCUGAUGUUCCAAGUGCUGCUGUCGAAGAGGCUGCGCCAAACACUGAGACCAGGGAAGACAUCGUAUCGCCUCAGGAAAACGUCAUUCAACAGUCCGAAGUUGUUGAGGAAAACCGUGCGGCGGGACAUGAAUCAGUACCGAUGAAAGCCAGUCUCUCCGUGACAUCAGUACCAAUGACGCCUACAUUAUCAGAAGUUAAUAAGAGAAGGUCGAAGAAGGCGAGACAGAGGGAAAAGAAGAGGAAGUCGCUUCAGGGAGCUGAUAUUUCUGGAUCUUCUGUAGUCAGCGCCGAAAUGUCAACGACUCCAAGUGUUGGAGAUUUUUUGUCUGGGGUUCCCAUCCUGAGAACACUUUCAACAGGGGGUGGAUCUCCCAUUACUAAAACUCAGCCUGCAACGCCAGUGGUGAGCCCGAAUAAGAAUACAGGGAGCAAGGUAGUUGAAAAUUUUGAACAAAGAGAGAAUGAACGGAUAACUAAAAGCAUGAGCGAGGGAUUGAAGCAGGAGGAUAAAUUAUCAGGGACAGACAGUCAGGAUAUCCGGGAUCGAUUCCCAAACGAUCACCGCGAGAGCCCAAUAGCAGAUAAGUCAAAAUCAACAUCAUCCAUUAGUACAACGGAAGUAGAAAGGUCAAAUCAAUAUGGGAGCGAAACCGUGGAUUUUCCUGCAACCCAUCAGGAGUCGUCGAUAAGCAUGCAGGAGGCAACAAAACCCGCCGAAGAGUCCAUGAUCAGCCAGUUUCCAGCCGCACUUGACUUCUCGGCCCCAAUGGUUGAACCGAAGACACUUGUAGUAAAGGGGAGGCUAGGAUCUGUAUCUAGUACUAUAACUCCACCACCACUCACCACUACCCAUCAACUUACGCCUGCUUCACCAUCCCUGGUAACGCCUGCGCUAGGUUAUGGUGAUUUACUUGAGUUCUCUAAGAGGAAACCCGAUUCUCGACCAAGUACUCCUCGGGCCCCUCAAAUUGUCAUUAACUCGAUAGACUCGCCCAAUGGACCCGACAUUCUUCCGUUUCCUGGACGCCGCUCGCCCAAGGUAGAUGUCGCUCACUUGCGCCUACCGUCUGAUAUUCCCCGAGACCCAGGCCUUCCACAAAUAUUGCGACAGGAGUCUUCACAAAGUCAAUUUACCGGCGGUGUCUCGCUAUCAGGACCCCAAGAUUUUACGUCCCCGGACCCACCUUCACUUUCGACCGCCGCACGUAACUUUGGCACUCCUAGUGCUAUUAUAUAUGGUGACCCAGAGGACGAAGACCCAAGUUUAUCAUCUUUUGGUGAUGGCGAACUCCAAGGGAUCCCAGUCGCUCAAGUUGGGCUACGUAGUCCUAUGUUCACCUCCAGCUCCAAAGCUCAAGGUUUCCUCAGAGCAAACAACGCCCCAAGUCAGAGAUUCCCAUCUCCAGACAACGACAUUGAUGGGGACACUCCAAGGGUCGAGGAAAACAGGAAACUUGAAUUGGCGCCGUCACCGUCAAUUGAGGCAGAGCCACGAGCGGAAGAAGUUGAUAAGGGCGAAGGCGGGAAAGAGGGAGAAGAGGGGAUUGAGCUUGGAGAUCAUGGCUCCCAUGAUAGAACUGUGAUUACCACACUAGAAAACGAAACCGCUCAAUCCGAUAAUAAUAAUAAUAAUAAUGAAAUACCCGCAAUUAAUAUCCCCCCUCAAUUUUCUGUCUAUUCCAAGGAAGCCGAAUCAGUAUCAAAACAAGAAAACACAAAUACAUAUCAUACUGUGGAAGCCGAGGAUCCUCUAUCUCAAACUAGUACCAAUAAUCCAAACCCCACAACAGCAUUCCCCAAUCAAUCUUCAACUUUUGACUUACCAACCGAAAGUUUUACGACCGUCGAGCUCCUGUCUGGAGACCAGACCAAAAGCUCAUCUACGACUCCUCGACAAAUACUAUCACCCGAGCAAGCACCCAUUCUCACUCGCACAAAUUCCACCGAAUCAACUUCCACCGAAUCAUCUUCCACUCCCGAAGGUGUAUCUCUCCACCCACAAUCUAUAGAAGAAACACCAUCUGCAUCAUCUCCUGUUCUAGAAAACCUCCCUCGAAUACUUCAAGAAUCCUCUGGACCCCCACCAUCAGAAACCGGAAGUCAGUCGUGUUUAGACGAGGAUACCCGCAUUCCACUGUCUGAAGCCUCAUUAACACCGCCGCCACCUCUCACUCACUCAUCUUCUUUUGAAUCGGCAAUUGAAUUCUGGAAGCGCCGAUCUCUCCUUAGCACCGCAGACUCAAUACAAACACCUCAACUCAGCCCAUACGCCGAAUCUGACGUUUCUCUACCAAUUUCUAUUCUCCCAAAAUCACGAAGAUCGUCAUCUAUCCGACCCCGUUCUCUAGUUGAACAGAACUCAGAGCCCCUAAACACAAAAGCAAAGGGUCACUCUUCUAGCUCCGAGAACACAACCGAAGCCACGCCACCUCAGGCAUCUCUUGAACUAAGAAUAGAGAAUCAAAAUAUCAAGGAUAAAGUCACGGUUGAAGCAGAUCAGUCGUACCAGGUAUCCGUCAGACAGGGGUCCGACAAAAACAAAGCACAGGUAGAGAUCGAUCUUCAGGCGCCAGCUUCGCUUACCUCAAAUCAAGAACGGCGCUUAUCUCAGACUGUAAGCCUUCAGAGUCAAGACUCGUGCGACUCGCUUCGAACAGUAGUUACUAAAGACGGCCGUGCGCCCUCACCUUCAUACCCUGAUCUGGUUCGCGAACCGACUGAAAUCCAAGACUCUGGAAAGGUUGCCCCAGAAACUGGAAAAUUAGAAAUCCCAAAAAGGAUUAUUCCAAAUAAACCCUACGAAAGUGUUUUUGGUGGACCAGCAAGAGAACGAAGCAUAUCCGAUCCUUUCUUAACCAAGGAAGAUACUCAAAAUAACCUGCAAUCAUUCCAGCUCUCGCAAAGAACUCUCGAUCAGCCCCUCACAUAUUCAGGGAGACCACUUGCGGAAGGAGAAAGAAGAGAAAACUUUGGAUCCCCCGUUAAACUUUCCCACCCCCCGAAAAAAGGUCUCUCUACCAUCAUCGAACAGAAACCUGAAGAAUUUGUGAGGCCAAGCCUGCCCAGGUCGAACACAGCAAAAGAGCGCAAUUUCACUUCCACUGAAGAAUUUGUGAGGCCAAGCUUGCCCAGGUCGAAAACAGCAAAAGAGCGUGACUUCAUUUCUACUGACGACUUACUAUCACGUCUCCCAACACAUCGGCCGCUUCAACGGGCCAAAAGAUUAACUCCACUCACACUAUCUUCAACUCCACCACAAAUAACAAGAGUUCCCUCCGAAAAAAUGGAUGUAUUAAAAAGAGGCGAGCGGAGACGAACUGUCACUCCGUCCUUAAGACGCGCGGGCAGUCAGCUCGACAGUCCAAAUGCGAGCACUGAACACAUUAUUUUCGGGGGAGGUGAUUAUCAGCCCCAGCAAGGAAAAGUACUGCAGAAAGCCGAUUUAUAUGAAUCAUGGGGGGACAAAGCUAGCGAACCAAAAUCGCCAACCCGGCCACCAAGUAUAAGAAGGAGACAGAGUAUGCAAAUCGUUGACUUGGAGAAUCGCCUUGAAGGUCUUGCCGCGGAGAACACUAGCUUAAUUCAAGAAAAGGCCAAUGUCGAGAAAACACUCUCUGAAUCAAUUCAACGGCAUAGGAAAGAUACAGCGAUCUUCACCAAAGAAAUCGAAGAAGGGAAGGCACUCCUCACAGAAAAAGAUAGCGAGAUAACAGAGUUGAGGAAGAAACUGGACUAUUACCAUACAGAGGUUCAGAGACUUAGUCAGGCUAACAGCAGCCUCAACAAGACAAACACAAGCCUAUCAACAUCCUACAAGUUUAGCUAUGGAGCUCUAGCUGGCAAGUACGAACGUAAGCGGGAACAGCUCGCUAUCUUAUCUAAGGAGCAUACCGAACUCCAAGCCAGUUUCGCCGAGGUACAGGCAACCAUGGAGAACGUAAUUCGCAACCAAUUGAAAGAGAAAGAUUCCGAGCUCGAAAGGUUACGAGACGAGUUGACCAAGGCUAGAGAGGAAGUGCGUAAAUUACAGCAACAGGUCACAACAAGACAAGACAAUAAGUACCUUGAUACCAAGGACCUGCAUCAUUUCUCUAGCUCGUGCCAGCAACUCUAUAGCUCACUCAAGAUCUGGUGUAACCAGUUUUCAAGCUUUUCAAUUGGAAAGAAGUGUGUCCAUGUUCACAGACUAAAAGAUGAGGCUGUCAGGGACCGAGUGGAGCAUGUUAUGCUUGACGAUAGAGGGGUUCGAAGAAUGCUUAAAGAUGACAACAAGAGGUCUGAAGUGUUCAUGGCGAUCACUAUCAGGAUGAUAUGGGAGCAUGUGUUCACGAGAUACCUCUUUGGAUUGGAGGUUGAUGAACGAAAAAAGCUAAUCUCCUUAGAAACGACCUUGGCCGAAGUUGGAUUACAUGAAGCUGUUCACCAAUGGCGGUCCACGACUUUGACUCUCCUCUCAACCAGACCAGCUAUCAUAGCCAAGCGCGACGCAGAUACAGAAGAGAUUGUUCAAACAAUAUUUAACCUAUUGAACUUCCUUCUUCCACCUCCACCUCAGUACCGCAGCUUAGCUAUGGAGUCGCUUCGUAGUCUUGUACAACAUUCUGUUCAAUUAGCCGUCGAAAUGCGAACUCAGCGUGCCGAAUACGUCAUGAAGCGCCCGCCUCGACCCGAUUACGAUGAUCAAGGAGAGGUGAUCAACACGGUACCCUUCGUAGCUUCUAGCAUGCAGAACCGCGGGCCAGAGCCGAUCUCAGCUCAAGAGCUCGAGGAGGAGGGCGCAACAGUCAAAUUGAUCCUGUUCCCACAGGUCAUUCGUCGUGGCAACGAGUAUGGGGAGAACUACGAAACUGAGACUACUGUUCUUCCGAUGCAGGUACUCGUGAAUAGGCCCCAACUCAGACUCUAG